AUGAUCCUGACAGCGACGCAUGGAAGCCUGAAGCACGAGGAUGUCAACAAGGCAGUGAAGUUCAUAUUUCUGCAAGGGAAGUGCACCACGACGGCAAACCGGAUGAAGGAUGUGUACGCUGCGGAGACGGAAGACGCGGAAGGCAGUUACAACACCGAGGAAGAAGAUGAGAAUGAGGUCUUCCAUGUGGUUGCAGAUCAGUUUCAGCAACAAGAGGGCCAAAACUAUGAAGACGAAGAGGUGUUGGACGUGCUGGAGACCUACCAGGACAUCCGAAAGAAGCUUCAGCAGAAGAAGAUGGGCCGUGGUUACAAGGCUCAACCUACCUCUUGGAGUCUUUCAGGAACAGUGCAAGGAAGACUUGAGCAGCUGAAGAAAAGGACCAAGUGCCAUCUCUGCAAAAUGCCUGGACACUGGAAGCGCGAGUGUCCGAAGCGCAAGGAGCUGGGAGGGCAGUCAGUCAAGCAGGCUGGCACCAAGGAAGCCAUGAUCGGCUCUGGAGAUCCAGGAGGAGCCGAGUGGUUCAUUCCUGUGGAGCAGAUCGAGCAGCUGGACGUGUUCUUGGUCGAGGGCGACAGUGGCAACGUCGACAUUUUCGUGGCAAGUCCGGGAGAAACGGACUGUGAGCAGGUAGAUGCUGUGUUGGGGGGCCCUGAAAAAGGGCUACUUUCUCCUGAAGUUUUUGAAUAUGCAUCGGACGCUGCGCGCUCGAGUGAGGCAUACAUGGCUGCUUGUGAUGAGUCAGUUGAGUAUGCACCACUCUCCACUCAUGCCGCGGUGCGUCGAGGGACACCAGUGGAGGCAGUCCAGAGUGAGCUCAACGAGGUGCACGCAAUGGCGAUGCGUCCAAUGGAGACGGAAGCCGAGGUCGUGACCACGGCGGAGGGUGUGCCGUGGCGGAGCGACAUGAAGGCCACACCCCUAAUGAAGGAUCUCAUGGAGGCGCUCACGCCAGAGCUGUUGCAGCCAGAGAAUCCGGGAGCCCUGCCAGUGAAGCUGCUGGACAGUCGCGAAGAUCACGAAGACGACGAGCCCGGCGUGCCAAUCAACGGCAGCGAGAUCCUGGAGAUCGGGAAGUACGCGAAGGCAGGCCAGAUGAAAACGUUCGGCGAGAUCUACCAGGAGGAAAAGAACUACAUCCAGUGGAUCCGGAAGUUCGUGACGACGUCAAAGCCGAACGCAAAAGGACAGUCCAGUUCCGGCCCAAUGAUGCGACUGAGGCUGUAUGUGGCAUGCCGCGACCAGCUGAAGGAGGCAAGACUCAAGCUGGACAAGCAGCUGAGCAAGACGGAGUUUGUCCACGAGCACCCGUACAUCGACCCAAAGAGGACGGGACCAGGGCCGCUGAAGUUGACGGCCAAGGCAAAGAGCGGACCGGCAGCAGCAAAGCAAAUGGUCAAGACUCCGAACAAGCAAGCGUCCGGUUCGAGCGAUGGAUACGAGAGCUGGGAGGCGGUGGAAGCGACCCAGGACAUGCGGAACUACAACCUGAAAGCCGUGAAGGAGAAGAUCAUGAACCAGAUGCAUGUGCUGCAGGCACAGAUGGAGCAGCUGGAGCAACAGAGGCACUGGAGCACGACGAGCUCUAGACGGGCCGGGUCAGCUCAAGAACUCCAGAGGAUCAAUGUAUCUCGCUUUUGGAGGCUUUGGCCGCUUCUUUGGAGCGGCAAUGCUUCCUUUACUUCGGCGGAUCCUUCGGCUGAUCCUGCUGCUGGCCCUUCCUUUGCUUCAGCUGGUGCUGCUGACCCUCCGGCCGAGCCGAACUCCUUUACAGCCGCCAAUGGUUCCAAGGAGGCGGCUGCUUCUACUUUGCCUGAGGUUCCCGAUCUCAGCGAAGGAGGCAACCCCAAGUACAGCCACCUCCUUUCCUAUGACAACCACAUGGGCCACACUUACGAUGAGUGGUACAGCUGGUGGGAAACCUGA